UAGAGGUCAAUCCCUACUACGACAACUACUGUUACAAGCUAGACACUGAAAAUGACGGCGAUUUUAAGACGAUCGGCUGCCAGGAAUUAUAUAUUUUACUGCCGUGCUUUCCGUAGAAGCUGUUCGUCCACAGCAGAGACCAGCCAGACGAGUGGUGAUAAUGCAACUACAACAUCAAAUAUUACCAGCAAAGAAGUUGACACAUCCAGCGAGAAGGGCGGGGGUUUCGCCCAGGCCUUUUUGAGGUACACGCAACCCCAAGAGCCUGCCCAACCAGUUGAGCUACCAAAGACCUUUGCAUCUCUUCUGAGGCGUAGUAAACUAAUGCAGCUAGGUGAUCCUCGAGGCAAAGUGGUGGAAGGAACGAUAUUUCAUGUAGUUGGAGAUGAUUUAUACAUUGACUUUGGUGGGAAGUUCUAUUGUGUAUGUGUUCGUCCUAGCAAAAAUUCAGGGGCCUAUAUAAAAGGAGCUAAAGUAAGAAUAAAAUUACAAGACCUUGAGUUGUCAACACGAUUUUUAGGAUCCUCAACUGACAUGACGCUGUUAGAAGCUGAAGCAACCCUUCUUGGUGUUGUUAAUAUUCAGAGAAAAGGUUAAUAUAGUCCAUAACAUAAAUUGGAAUAAUUGGAGGCAUCUGUGCAUGGACGGGUGUGGUGUCUUCUUCAGGGCUUGGAGAAUCCACAGGCCGAGAUACAACUUUCACAUUCUGGCGGACAGGCUGAUCGUUGUGCUGCAAUUCAAAAGCCUUAUGAAA